AUGGGCGCAGGAUCCGAAUCUGGUAUGGGGACUGACGUCCUCGACAUAUGGCAGAAAUUAGCUCAGCUGCAGUGGGAUGGCUUUACCGCGGGCAAAGUCGAUGUACAGACAGCACAGGACGUUCUUCAGAGUGCCAUAAGGUCACGUGACCCACGCCUGCGCGAUGCGGUGCGCCGUGCCAUUGACGAACUGGUGCCGGCAGGAGGUGCCGGCAUCCCAAUGGCGACUCAAUUCGAAUGGCUAACUUCUGUGGUGCACGGGCGGCGGUAUCCGCCCAUUCCUCUCAGUGUAGCGGGCCCUACAGCCUGGAACGAUCCGACGGCCUUGGAGCGCACAAACCAGAGGAAAACCGGGUCGAGCGGCCUCGAACUUCAGGACUGCACGGAACCGCUGGCCGUAGAGCAGCAUGCCAGCAUAGACGAUUGUUCGUUUGUGACGGCUCUGAUCAACCUUGCGACGCAUGCGCCGGACGCAUUGCGCGUGCGGCCAGUCGGCCACGGAGCCUACGAUGUCAAUUUGAGCUUCAACGGUGCAGACGACCGUCUUGUUCGGGUCUACGCUACGGAUUCGUCGCCCCGGCUGUCGUCGGAGGACCCGCAGCACGCGGUGCUCGAGCAGGCGUACCUGCAGAUCCGGGGCCCCGCGUUCGGCGGUUCGAACGCUGGUGUCGACACGUUCCUGGUCGGAGGCUUUGUGCCAGAAAUGCACGACCUCGCUUCGCUCGACACCCACACAGUUCACCAGAUGCUCUGCGGGGCCGGAGACGCGGUCGCUAACGACGAAUGCGUCGUCGCGCUCAGCACCGGCGAUCACGUGACCGACUCUUCGCUUUUGCCCGCGCACGACUACCCGCUGGUCGUCGGCCGCGACUGGGCUGGCCGACGGGAGCUCCAGGUCCGCGACCCGCUCUCUGCGAGCUUGAUUAUACCGAUCUCGGAUUUUCCCCGGCUGGCGCAGUUCCGCGCCGCUUACAUCAGCUGGAACCCGCGCCGCCGUUUCCGGCGCCACGAACGCCUGCACUUCCGGUACUCGUCUGCGCGCUGCAAUCGGUUUGCCACAGUCUCUGACAAGCCCGUCUUCGAGGUGCAGGGCCAGGACCCGACACAAAGUCCGCAUGCGGGGCCCUCGGAGGUAUGGGUGUUUCUCGAGCGGCAUCUCCCGCUCGACGAGCGGGCCCAGGACACGCUCUUCUGCCUACCGUCUCCGCACGGCCACCACCGCACGGCCCAAGACUCUGAUACCUCGAAUUGCGGAAUAGCCCUGCUCAAGCUCAAGAUCCCGGCCGGGAGCGCUACCCGGGUCGCGGUGCACACCGACACCGCGGCUACAUUUACGCUGCACGUCUUACACAACGCUCAUGCCACCGCGUGCGUGCGUCGCGUGCGUCGUGCAGACCUCUUCUGCGCCGAGGCUGAGGGCGUUCUGCGCGCGGGAUCUAAUUUUGGACCGUUCUCCAACGCCGAAUACUACCGGAAUCCCGCUUUCAGUCUGGAGAUUCCGCCUGUCCCUGCAGGACGCUCAGCCGCUUCUAAAACGGUCUACUUAGACAUCCGCCUACUGCUCGAGAGGCACCCAGAAACGCACGCAGAGACGCCCGUGAACGUGCAGGUUUUCGACGUACAAGACGACGAGCUCGUGCGUCCAAUCGUUUUCGAGGAAACCUACGUCUCGGCCGGCCACGAGCGCCGCGCUAUGCCGCUGCACGCGGGCUCGACUUACAGGCUCGUGUGCUCCGCGGCAAGCGCAGACGCAGAGACGGCAUUUCGCCUGGAGGUCGGCGUCAGCGACGCCGCGCUAGCUGAGCCGGCUGAGCCGGCUCAGCCGUACCCCAGCCUGCCCCUCAAGCUCACCCCUGCCCCGCUCGCCUACGGCUCGUUCCCGCACCGAGUCGCGCGCACCUUCGCGUGGCCCGCGCGCGCAACCACGCUGGCGAUCCCUGUCAAGCCGCGCCGGCUCGCCACACCCAUACACCUGCGGCUGCUCGCGCUCGACGACGCGCUGCCUGUCAAGUCCGGCGUCAGCUUUCGUAUGAAGUGCGACGAUGAUGACUCAUCAUCGUCCUCUUUUCCCCCUUCGGCCGAAACGGCUCUCCAGGCUUGGCAGGGCUGUCGCGAAAACGUCACAAUGCCGCGGCAGGGCCACGUGAUCAGAGGCCGCCUAGCUCGGGAUGCCGCAUUCAAGCUGAUGGUGCUACAGCGUGAUGGUGUUACGUCCGAGACACGCCGCAAAGCCCAGCAGUGGCGCAUAGAGCUCGGCUCGCAGUACGAGGUGGACGUGGGGGAGCCUGAGUUCGCGUGCCAUAGCGGCCAUAGCGCGCCAUAG